AAUCAAACCCGCCCGAGACAGGCAAACUUGAUGGCAUGACGUCGUCGGGUAGUGAGGACAUAAAAACGUGCUGGGCAGACGGUCUGAGUCGAUAGUCUAGAGUCUUACAGGUGAAACAUGUGGAGAGCUGUGUACUGUACACUGUUGGUGUUGUGUGUGUUCGCCGCUGGGACGGCCGGGUUCGAGCUAGCGGACAUGAUCGCCAGACUGCAGCGGCAGAACGGCGAGCUGACCGAGACGGUUGCGAACCUGACGGCGGCGCUGGAGGCGAGCGGGCCCGACAGAGUACAGGAAUUGGAGACAGAGAACUCAGUGUUGAAGGCAGAGAAGGCCAGACUACAGAGGGAGAUAUCCUCACUGCAGGAGAGAAUACAGGAUAUAGAACUGAUGUUCCAGACUCUACAGCGCAGAGCUGCAGGUAAUGUUCUAUCUCUGGACAUUAUAGAAGAUACAGAACUUAGAUAUAGGAUAGAGAACUCAUGUACCAGACACUACAGCAGAGAGCGGCAGGUAAUGUUCUAUCUCUGGACAUUAUAGAAGAUACAGAACUCAGAUAUAGGAUACAGAACUCCUGUACCAGACACUACAGUGGAGAGCGGCAGGUAA